UCACUCAAAAGAGAGAAAAAUAUUCACCUUUUAACUAGUAAUCUAACUUAUCUACCUUUCACAUUGCUUUUUUAUCAUUUUGAUUUCGUGCCUUUUUGAAUAACUGGUCCUGUCUGGGUCUGAUUCAAUGGGAGAAGACGUUUCGGAUCCCGUUGUGUUCUUGCAUGGCGACCUUGAUUUGAAAAUCAUCGAAGCUCGAUAUUUGCCGAACAUGGAUUUGAUGUCCGAGCGUCUCCGGCAAUGUUUCUCCGUGUUCCGCGUGUUCCGAUCCCCGUGUGCUGCAGGGAAGCAGAAGAAGCUCCGCAGCCAUAAGAUCAUCACCAGCGACCCUUACUUGUCGGUUUGUCUGGCCGGUGCCACGGUGGCUCGGACGCGCGUGAUUUCGAAUUCCCAGAACCCGGUUUGGAACGAGCGUUUCAAAAUACCCCUUGCCCAUCCAACACCUCACAUCGAGUUUUCCGUUAAGGAUAAUGACGUGUUCGGCGCUGAUUUGAUCGGGAUCGCGACGGUGUCCGCGGUUAAAGUUCUCUCCGGUGAACCGAUUAGCGGGUGGUUUCCUAUAAUCGAUUCUUACGGAAAACCGCCAAAACCCGACUGCGCGGUUCACCUUGAAAUGAGAUUCACCAAAUGCGAGGAAAUGCCGUCGUACCGAUAUGGAAUGACGGCAAACCCGACGGAGUUCGCAAUCAGAAACUGUUAUUUCCCCCUCCGGCACGGGGGUUCCGUUACUUUGUACCAAGACGCUCACGCCCAUGGAUCCUCGAUGCCGAAGAUUGAAUUGGAGAACGGAACCGACUUUAAGCACGAGUCGUGUUGGGAAGAUAUCUGUCACGAAAUUUUAGAAGCGCAUCACUUGGUUUACAUCGUCGGAUGGUCGAUUUUCACGCAGGUGAAGCUUGUAAGAGAGCCGACACGGCCGUUGCCAAACGGCGGCGAUUUGAGUUUGGGGGAUUUGCUUAAGUACAAAUCGGAAGAAGGAGUUAGAGUUUUGCUUUUGGUUUGGGAUGACAAGACUUCCCAUAGAAAAUUCUUCAUUAACACGGCGGGAGUGAUGCAAACUCACGAUGAAGAAACUCGGAAGUUCUUCAAGCACUCGUCGGUUUCGUGUGUGUUGUCCCCUCGUUAUGCUAGCAGUAAGCUUAGUAUUUUCAAACAACAGGUUGUUGGUACCCUCUAUACACACCAUCAAAAAUGUGUGAUUGUGGAUUCACGUGCACCAGGAAACAAUAGAAAGAUCACUGCUUUUAUAGGUGGCCUGGACCUUUGUGAUGGUCGCUACGAUACACCGGAACACCGACUAUUUCGGGAUCUUGAUACUGUAUUUCAAAAUGAUUAUCACAACCCGACAUUUUCUGCGGGAACCAGAGCCCCAAGGCAACCGUGGCAUGAUCUACAUUGCAAGGUUCAAGGGCCAGCUGCUUAUGAUAUUCUUACCAACUUUGAGCAGCGAUGGAGGAAAGCUACGAAAUUGUUGGAGUUUGGACUUAGAUUCAAGAGGGUUUCUAUGUGGCAUGAUGAUUCUUUAAUAAAGUUAGAACGAAUUUCUUGGAUACUAAGCCCUUCCGCGAAAGUCCCGAAUGACGAUCCUUCAUUAUGGGUUUCCAAUGAAGAUGAUCCGGAGAACUGGCAUAUUCAGGUUUUCCGCUCUAUAGAUUCAGGAUCUGUGACAGGGUUCCCAAAGAAUGUGUUUGAAGCAGAAUCUCAGAAUCUUGUUUGUGCAAAAAAUAUGGUGAUAGACAAGGGCAUUCAGACGGCAUACAUCCAGGCAAUUAGAUCUGCUCAACACUUCAUAUAUAUUGAGAACCAAUAUUUCAUCGGAUCGUCAUAUGCUUGGCCAUCUUACAAGGAAGCAGGUGCUGACAAUUUAAUUCCUAUGGAAUUGGCAUUGAAGAUUGGUACUAAGAUAAGAGCAAAGGAGAGAUUUGCAGUGUAUGUUGUUAUACCGAUGUGGCCCGAGGGCACCCCUACUUCAGCCUCCGUGCAAGAAAUUCUCUUUUGGCAGGGGCAGACAAUUCAAAUGAUGUACAGAGUAGUAGCACAAGAGUUGAAAUCAAUAGGUAUUGAGAAUUCUCAUCCACAAGACUACCUAAAUUUCUACUGCCUUGCUAAUAGGGAAGAAAUUCCCGGAGAUUCUAGACCAAGUUCACCCCAAUCUAACCUCGGUGAAACGGUUUCAGAUUCACAAAAGUUCAAACGGUUUAUGAUUUAUGUACAUUCUAAGGGAAUGAUAGUAGAUGACGAGUAUGUGAUAAUGGGAUCUGCCAAUAUUAAUCAACGAUCUUUGGCUGGGUCAAGGGAUACCGAGAUAGCAAUGGGUGCAUAUCAACCCUAUUAUACAUGGGGUGAGAGGAAGAGACAUCCUCAUGGUCAGGUUUAUGGAUAUAGAAUGUCACUCUGGGCCGAACACAUGGAAAAGGUUGAUGACUGCUUUAAAGAACCUGAAAGUUUGAACUGCUUGAAGAUCGUUAACGAAAUUGCUGACGAGAACUGGAUAAGGUACACAAGCGAGGUUUUUACGCCAUUACAGGGACACCUACUCAAAUACCCCCUUGCGGUAGAUGGAAAUGGAGAAGUAAGCCACUUGCCUGGACAAGAGACCUUCCCUGAUCUCGGUGGCAAGAUACUCGGAACUCUAACAACGCUUCCUUGUGCUCUUACUACCUAAGUUUCGAUAUUUUCCAUGUUCAUAUCACUGCAUGGUUUCGGUUCAACACCGAAGAAUGGGAAAUAGGGUCGAGGAAAGCUGGCUCUUCUUAUAUGGAUCACGAAGAUAUAUAUUGGAGAGGCAUCCCUGCGGUUAACACAGGAAUGGAUUGAAUUUCAUGCCCAUGGUCUAUUUAGUGUGAAGCAUUAGGCAUUCCAAUCACCAAAUUUAUACCAUUUGGCUGAAUAUUUUACAAUUCUUUCUACUUUUUUCGAUCUAGCACGUAUGAUUAUCAGUUUCCAAGUAUGAACAAAGAGAUGUUCAGUUUACCAGCCA